CUUCCAUCGACGAGUAAACGCAGCAGCAUUAGGGUUCUUCACCUCUUCCAGUCAGUCAGUGUCGACGAAAGUUUCGUGACCUCUGCUGCCUCCGUCCUGUCGCCACCGGUGCAUGAGUGGAACCGGUGCAGAUCCAUCGAUCGCGAGGAAUCGAUGAAUUUUGUGUGUCGACGAGUGUUUUCUUUUCUGGAUUUCCUUGGAUAGUUGUUUUGGUUUCUCAAUCGUUGGUCGGGAGUUUGCUAUGCUGUUUGCGUUUCGAUUGGAAUCAGUUUGGUUCUCUCAAUAUUUAGGGUUUUUCUUUGGUUGAUUCGUGGAUCGGCGUUUGUGUCUAGGGUUUCUUGUUUUAUUACUUUUGGUAUAUGGACGAGGCCUGGGAGAGGGCCGUGGAGGCGGCGAUAGGCGCUCAGGAGGAAUCUUCUGCUUCACCGCCGCGGAGCCUCACGCUUGACGGUUCGGUGAAGUGUUGUCACGGACAGCUUCCGCCGCCGCAGAUCCUGGAGAGGUAUCAGUCGCUGGAGGUUCUCUCAAUCGCAAACAUUGGGGUGUCAUCGCUCGAGAAGUUUCCGCGUCUUCAGAACCUGCACCGGUUGAUCCUAUCUGACAAUCGCAUUGGCGGAGGGCUUGAAUUUCUGGUGGAUGCUGGGCUGGAUUCUCUCCGGGAUCUUGAUCUCUCCAACAACCGGAUCCAGUUCCUGGAGGAUUUGUCACCUUUGGCUCAACUCCGGCUCGUAUCUUUGGAUCUCUAUGAGUGUCCUGUUACCAGGAUCAAGGAUUAUCGAUCAAGAGUAUUCGGAAUGAUCAGGACUCUGAAAUAUCUUGAUAAGUUGGACACCGAUGAAAAUGAACGGUCAGAGUCUGAUGAGGAAGAUGAGGAAGAGGAAGAAGAUGAAGAUGAUGAGGAUCCUGGGAGCGGUGAAGUUGAUGGAGAAGAACAUGCCAAGAGGUUGAUGAAUGGCAGUGGCAGCAAUACAAUACAUGCAAUAGACGAUGUUGAUCAAGAAGAAGAAAGUGAUGCUGAGGAAGAGGACAUUGAGACUGGUGUGGGGACAGAUGCAAAUGGCUCAGAGAGGGGGUAUCAUGCUUCCAAUGGAUUUCGAGUUGCCUCUAUCAGAGCCGCUUCAGUAGAGGAUGAAGAGGAGGACGAUGUAGAUGAGUAUGAUGAGGUGGAUUUAGGAGAGGAGAUUGAUGCAGAGGAUGAUGAUGAUGAUGAUGAUGAUGAUGAUGAAGAAGAAGACGAUGUUAUUGAGGAUCAUGACAUAGAAGACAAUGAGGAUGAUGAUGAUGGGGUUGAAGAGGGCGAAGAAGAGUUAGAUGAAGAGGACAAGGAUGCUGAGGAUGGUGAUGUAGAGGAAGACCAGGAUGUUCCAUAUGACAACGAUGUUGGUGGACCUGGAAGCUUAGGGAGAUUCAUCAAUGUGGAAGGGGAGAUUGAUGGUCAUGAGCAAGGUGAAGGUGAUGAAGAUGAGAAUGGAGAGAUUGGGCAGGAAGAUGCGCAGGACGUGGAUGAUGAUAGAUUUUCCGAAGAAGGUGAUGGUGAGGAUGAAUUUGAGGAAGAUGACAAUGGUGGGGAGUAUCUGGUGCAACAAAUUGCACGGACUCCGCUUGAGGAAGCAGCUGGGAAUGACGUGUUCGAGGAAGAUGAAGAUGACGAGGUCGACAAUGAUGAUGAUGUUGAAGAGCUCCUCCAUGGAAAUGAUAAAGCUUCUCCGCACCAUGUGCCUUCUUCUCAGCCCAACAAGCGAAGGAGAGACGACAAUGACAGCGAUGAGGAGUCCGAGCAGGAACAACAAUGUAGGCCUAAGAAUUGUCCUUGACAGUUUCUCGAUCCCGCUGUGUUAAUGGUUAUUGGCGGUAUGUACAGUUCUCAAUCUCGUUCCCUCCAAACUAGUAAGUUCAAGUGCUACUAGCCGUUGUGUGUUUAGAUCAUUCCUUGUUCAUGUGUACUUGCGGCAGAGAAAUAGAGGUAUCUUGUUCCUUCACAGUUUGAGCUCGGUUGUGUUGGUAAGUUCAAAUACUAAUAGCCGUUAUCCUUUUUCCCAUUCAAUUUGUGUUUGACACAUAGUUCACGUGUACGUGUGGCGUUAGAAUGAGACAUCUUGUUCCUUCACUGUUUA